AGUGAGCUAACGCUUAGCAUUAGCUGCUCAUGUUGCCGACUCACAGCACGACUCAUGUUGUUCACAUCAAGACUAUUACAUGAUUCGACUCCCAAGAGCAAAUAACUGACUGGAAAAGUAAAAAUAUAUGUACACGCACAGGUGCAGGUGUUUGUGACUAAAAGAGUGGAGGCACAAUGUUGAACGCUACAAAUGGCGACCAAAACCAUGUUGUCAAUUAUGUGGAAGAGUACUUGGACUUGGUGGAGUCACUACCUUUGGAUAUGCAGAGGAGUGUUUCCCUCAUGAAGGAAAUUGAUGCGAGGUAUCAAGACGUCCUCAAGGAGUUGGAGGAUGCCUAUGACCGCUAUUGUAAAGAGUCAGACUCGCCCCAAAGACGCAAGCUACAGCUGUCAAUCCAGAGGGCGCUUAUUCGCAGUCAGGAGCUUGGAGAUGAGAAGAUUCAAAUUGCUGGACAGAUGGUGGAGUUGGUGGAGAACCGAACCCGUCAGUUAGACUGGCACUCAGAACUCCUGGUGGCCGCCAAAGAAACCCAGGAAAGCCACACCCCAGCACCUACUUCCUCUGUGACAGCCACUGCUUCGUCCAUGUCGUCAUCCUCGUCUUCGUCCGGCGCCGCCCCGACCAAAACGGCCCACCACGACAAAAAGCGCGAAGAGGUGACGGCGAACUUGACCGGCAGCGACAAGGGCAAGCGUGCUCGCCGGCAGAAGAACGGCGAUGGUUACGGCGGCCCGGACGCCAGCGAGGACAUCGGCGCCGGAGCGACACGGGAAAAGCGGGCCAAGACCUCGUCCAAGAAGAAGAAGAGAUCCAAGGGCAAGUCGGAGGUGUCGCCGCCCGAUUUGCCCAUCGACCCGGACGAGCCUACGUACUGCCUUUGCGAGCAGGUUUCUUACGGCGAGAUGAUCGGAUGCGAUAACGACGAGUGUCCCAAAGAGUGGUUCCAUUUCUCAUGCGUGGGCCUCCAUCACAAACCCAAAGGCAAGUGGUACUGUCCAAAGUGCCGCGGUGAGAAUGAGAAAACUAUGGACAAAGCCUUGGAGAGGGCCAAGAAAGAGCGAGCGUACAACAGGUAGCCAAACUCGGUGCAAAUUAAAAACAUUGCCUGACAUUUUUAGUAUUAGUACAACUAGUUUUUUCUCUGUGUUAUUACUAAAUAGUUCUGUAAAUAGUUAUUUUUGUAAGACUGCCUCCUAUUGAAAUGUGCAAUUGGCUAAGGUAAAUAGAGAUUCCAGUCAAACACACCAUGUUACAUGAAGAUUAUCACCUCCAUUUUGAUCGGAUUUCACUAAAAUUCGGGUUACAUCUGAAUGUGUUUUUCCACUGUUUCAAAGUAUUAAAAAUAAAACCAAAUGCUAUAUAAAAAAUCAGGGUUCCUGCUGUUGCUUACAAAGUGUCUUACAUGUGUUCCUACAGGUUUCAAAAAGUGAAUUUAAGACUUUUUAAGAGGACUUUGAAUUGAUUGCAAAUUUCCUGGAUGAAUCUCAAUGCCCCUUGCUCACUGAUUCCAAAUUUCAAUUGAAAUAAUCAGGUUGUGAUAGAAACAAGUUUUUCUUAAAUAUUUUUCACAUUUACUGCAAUUUAAAGUGGAAGGAAUUUAAACGAGUCGCUUUAAGCCUCUUCCAAUUCAAACGGAUUUGACGUCAAGCGUUGUCAAUGGCAUUGGAAUUUCUUGUUACCUCCACCAGUAGUUUAAAUUCGCAGAAGUGAAGGUUAUGUAUUCAGUUUAUGUCUGUCUGCGUGUUCAAGACAACUGAAGAACAAAUAAAGGGAUUAUUAUAGAACUGGCAGGGUAUGUUUGUAUGAUGGAGUAUUAGGCCCAAAUAAGAAAAAAAAAAAGGACUGAGAUUUAAAGUCAUACGGGGCCCCUAAAGGAAUAUCGACAGAAAUAAAAUACAUUUAAACCAUGUGGUACGCACCAGAUAGUAUGUAGUCGCACCAGAAACAAUCGGCAAGCAAGACAAACUAUGUGCAAGUAAUGCAGUAAUAUCUUUAUAGUUGAUUCCAAGAUUGACGUGAAAUCAACUAACUCAUGUCUCCUCAUUUUUGAGAAAUGAAUAAUUUUCAGUGUUUAUAUU